AUGGUCUCUCAAACCAUUUUUAACAUCCUAAAAGGUCUUCUCGUUAUUGUACUUGUUGCCUCCUUGAUAGGUAACUGUGUCCUGAUAUGGCUUAACACCGAACGCACUCCGGAUUGCCCAGCUCAACAAGUAAAGCCAGUCCGAGCUGUGGUGCAUAAUGAGCGCAGCACCGUCUUUGCUGACCUCUCAGUGGAGGAGUUUCGACAGGUGAGUGACUACAUGACCAAGAUCCCAGGGAUGCGCAUCUCAAUCGAACCAGCUUCACCUUCUUCAGUUGACUAUCUCUAUAUGAUCGAGCUCUCACUGCCAAAAAAACAAGAUGUUUUGCAGUAUCUGGAUACCAAUGGGCCAAAACCAGUAAGAGAAGCAACUGCUGUGGUUUAUCAUGGCACAAAGAAAACCAUAAAGGAAUAUGUAGUGGGCCCUCUCCCCAACCCGACCUACCAUCACGAUGUCACCAUGGAAAGAUAUAAAAGGGACAUCCCUUUCACUGCACGUCCAGUACAUGUUGGGGAACGCAUUGGUAUGGAAUUGUUUCUGCAACAUGUACUUAAGCCGGUCACUAAACUGAUGAUUGACAGUUUUGGUAUUGACGUAUCUGCAUCCCUUGUUUACUACGAUAGCAUGCCCAGAGGAGUCAAGUCAGGGGAAAGACAGUCCUGGAUUUCACUCUGUCGAAAUGAGGAGGGCUUCUUCAUCCACCCGGUGGGUUUUGAGAUCUUCUUGGACCACAAAAGCAUCACUAUUUUUACCUGGCGUGUGAUUAAAGUGCUUUAUAAUGGCCAGUAUUUUGAUAGUAUAAAGGAACUGAAGCAGCAAUAUGAGGCAGGAAAUGUGAGUAAAGUUAUCUACAAACCUGUGCCAAAUUAUGCCUCACUUAAACCCAAAGAGAAACCCACAGGCAUUGGACCCCAGCAAGUUUAUGUGCAAGGCAAGCGAUUCAGUGUGAAGAACAAUCACAUCGUUUACCUUGACUGGAGCUUUGCCUUUGGUCUGAGCCCACUUAGAGGCAUGAGAGUUUUUGAUGUCCGUUUCAGAGGAGAGAGGAUCAUCUAUGAACUCAGCGUUCAAGAGGCCAUGUCAGUCUACGGGUCCGUGACCCCAAUUUUGAUGCUCACCAAGUUCCUCGAUGGCAGCAUGGGCAUUGGUCGAUGUGCUUAUGAGUUGGUCAGGGGGGUCGACUGUCCGUAUUCAGCCACCUUCAUAGACACUUUCCAUUUCCUGGACACUGGACUUCCAAGGCAACUCAAGAACUCAAUUUGUGUCUUUGAGCACAACAUGGGCAAUCCUUUACGGAGGCACUUCUCAGAGAUUGUCUACAACAGUUAUGGAGGACUAGCAAAUAGCGCCUUAGUAUUCAGGACGAUCACAGCUAUAGGAAACUAUGACUACAUGUGGGAUUUCAUUUUCUACCAGAGCGGCUCAGUGGAGGCUAAGGUGCAUGCCACCGGCUAUAUCAGCUCUUCUUUUGCAGUGAAUGGCAGUUUUCCAUUUGGACACCAAGUUGCAGAAAAUGUCACUGGAAAUGUCCACACUCACUUUAUCAACUUCAAAGUGGAUCUUGAUGUUUUAGGAGUGAAGAAUUUCUUCCAGACCAAAGACAUGGAGUAUGUGAAUGUCUCACUGCCCUGGAUGCCUGAACGCAUUGCCAUGAUCCCUCAGGUGGUGGAGAAACAACUUCAAACUGAGCAGGAGGCAGCUCUGCGUCAUGACACCAAGACUCCUCGCUACCUUCACAUCGCCAGCGACAAGACCAACCGAUGGGGACACCAGCGCUCCUACAGGCUGCAAGUGUUCAGCUUCGCCGGGGACCAUCUUCCAGAGAGCCAGGCCGAAGAGAGGGCAAUGUCCUGGGCCAGGUAUAAGGUCGCCAUCACUAAGCAGAAGGACUUGGAGCAGAGCUGUGGCAGUCUGUACAAUCAGAACGACAUGUGGAACCCAGCUGUUGACUUUAGCAAGUACAUUGAAGACAACGAAAGCAUUGAGAAUGAGGACCUGGUUGCCUGGGUGACUGCCGGGUUCCUCCACAUCCCCCAUGCUGAGGACAUCCCCAACACAGUAACCGUGGGCAACGGGGGCGGGGUCCUGCUGCGACCCCACAACUACUUUGAUGAAGACCCAUCCAUCCAUUCUGCUGAUGGGGUGUACAUUAGCCCGGGCAGAGAGGACAGUUGUGACGACAACAGGAUGGCCUGCCUUGCUCAAGAGACCUGCAGCCCCGUCUUUGAACCCUUCACCUACAAUGGCUUUGAAUAUUGGUUUGUUGAAAAACCAUAAGUUUAUUUUGACAACUACAUUUAGAUUUAGAUUUUAUAAUAAAUGACGAUGAUGAUGAUGAUGAUGAUGAUGAUGCUCUAGGUAUGUCCCUCUAGUGAUCCGCUGUGGUUAUGGCUUGGGAGAUAGGAUACCCCCAACUUCACCGGUUAGCGGCUCAGAAAGUA